CUGCCCGGGGCGCUGCCGCUGGAGCUGAAGGCGCUGGGCGAUGCGUACGUGAAGCAGGAGUUCCGGAGGCACCGAGCGGUCGGGCCAGCUGAUGCCCAGCGCUUCCUGCGGGAAUGGGAGGUCUAUUCAGAAAUGUUGUGGCAGCAAGCUACUGGAGACAGACAAAACUCAAGAAGAAAGCCUUGUUUUGGAGUCCACCUCACAGAGGAGAAACUUAAUGACUUCCAUAAUGAACAGAUUGGACAGCUGCAGGAAUUGAUGCAAGAAGCCACUAAACCUAAUAAGCAAUUUCAUAUUUCUGAUGACUCUGAAUACAAGAAUUAGAUUUUUUUAAAUGCACUUAAAAGCAUUCUAGAGCUUCCUUUUUCAAUUGGAAUGGAACAUUAUGAUGAAGAAUAAUGAAAGCUAAUGAUAUGGUACAUUCUUGGUGUUUUAACCUGAUAUAUCUGUUUCCUUAUGCAAGAAGGAAAGAUAGAAUUAUUGUAUGAUCCCAUGUUAUGUAAAUUAUAACAAAUGCUAGUUUUCUUUAUAUGUUAAUUGAGGAAUUUUCUUUAAAACAAAAUAAACUUUUAUUCUAAUAGUCACCCUGCUUAAAACCACAGCUUUAUGAAUAAAAUAAUCUGUGUUUUUCAGAGUUAAACCCCUAUAAUGUAUCAAAGCAGGAUUCCUUUUCUUAUCCUUGAAAUCAUGCUAUUUUACAGAUAAAUUCUUACUGAUUCAGCAAUAAAAUAAUUCUUUAAUAGAAAUACAAACACUGUCAUUGUUAUACAAUUAAAAGGCAAAGAAGGUUAAAAGCUCUGUAUUAUCCCAUAUUCUGCUUUUAUACAGAAACAAAUUGUAUUAAAUCUAAUAACAGGAAUGACCCUCCCCCUUUCAUAUUAUUUUAUAAAUAAUAUCAGAAACAGAUUAAACCAGCUUUAAUGGAAACAAAGCACUGCAUUCUGCAAGACCGUGUGUACCUAUUGUAAUGCUCAGAUCAUUGUGAUGUAGUGUUGUUUUUUAAAAAAAAACGCCUACCCUAUCAAAGCCUCCCAUCUCUUCAAAAUUCACAGCAGCCUAUUUGCUCAAAGGCAAUUUUCUCUUCAGUGUUUUAAACCUAUAUUUAUAAUUAUUGCUCAUGUUCUACUUUUGGAUCUUCUAUUGACUGCUACCUGUAGAGUGUUCAGCAUAAUUUAUUUCCUCUUUAGGGGAAGCAGCUUUGACAAGGAAUUGCAUUUACAGAGAUCACAAAUCAUAGAUACAUGUGUAUCUGAAUUACUGUUCUUGGGAGCUAAUUCUGAGAGGUUUAAGGAGGUUUAAGGAGUAUCUUGUAUUUUCCAGCCCCUGAAACCCUCAAAUAGGAGUUGCAGGCUGUUUAUCGCCGUUCAAGGCUCAGUCCCUAAUGCUACAUCUACACUACAGCGUUAUUUUGAAAUAUCUUAUUUUGAAAUAGUUAAUUCUUAAUAAGUUAUUUCAA